AUGUCCUGCACUUAUAAACACCCUCCUGGAUAUAAGAUCCUGAAAGUGUUCUGGACCAAAACUGAUGUUCAACUUAAUGAUGAGUUUCCAGAUCUGUCUAAAGACCCUGAAUACAGUCAGAGGAUUCAGUAUCUGGGAGAUAAACAGCAGAUCUGCACCAUCAGACUGAAUGAUGUGACACAGAAGGAUUCACACGAGUACUAUUUCAGAUUCACAACUAAUAAACCUGAUGGAAGAUGGACUGGUUAUCCUGGAGUGACUCUUGAUAUCACAGAUCUUCAUGUGGAGUCUCCUGAGAGCGUGACAGAGGGAGAUACAGUCAGUCUGACAUGUAAAAGCACCUGUAAUCUGUCUGACAGAACAACAUUCAUCUGGAGGAAAAACACACAGUCAUUAACUGAGAGAAACAAUAAACUCCUCCUGCAGUCAGUCAGAAGAGAGGAUGCAGGCAGAUAUAGCUGUGCUGUACACGGACACAAUCUCACAUCACCUCAUGUUGAUCUCAAUGUUAAAUUCCAUUAUAGAUCUGGUUGGCAUGUAGUGUUGGGGAUCACAGUGGGUGGAACAAUCAUCGUCAUCAUCUUCAUCAUCCUGUUUAUAAUUAAGAGAGAAAGAAUGAACAGAAGAUCUGCUAUAAAGGAGAAUGAGACUGCUGAUCGCUGUGAUGACACAUACACAACUCUUGAUCUCAAGACCAGAUCUUCUGAUGAUGUGUACAACACAAUCACACCCAACAGGAAGAUGGUGCAUAUGGCUCCUCCUCUUCCUUUGAUAUUUCUGCUCAUGAUUGCAGCAGGUGAUGCUGAUGAUUGGGGUGUGAGUUACAGCUCUUCAAACAUCUGUGCACUAAAGGGGUCAUCAGUGAUAAUGUCCUGCACUUAUAAACACCCUCCUGGAUAUAAGAUCGAGAAAGUGUUCUGGACCAAAUUGUUCAAAAAUUGUGUCGAUCCUCCAGAUCUGUCUAAUGACCCUGAAUACAGUCAGAGGAUUCAGUAUCUGGGAGAUAAACAGCAGAACUGCACCAUCAGACUGAAUGAUGUGACACAGAAGGAUUCACACGAGUACUAUUUCAGAUUCAUUACUGAUAAAACUGACGGAAGAUGGACUGGUUAUCCUGGAGUGACUCUUAAUAUCACAGAUCUUCAUGUGGAGUCUCCUGAGAGCGUGACAGAGGGAGAUACAGUCAGUCUGACAUGUAAAAGCACCUGUAAUCUGACUGACAGAACAACAUUCAUCUGGAGGAAAAACACACAGUCAUUAACUGAGAGAAACAAUAAACUCCUCCUGCAGUCAGUCAGAAGAGAGGAUGCAGGCAGAUAUAGCUGUGCUGUACACGGACACAAACUCACAUCACCUCAUGUUGAUCUCAAUGUUAAAUAUUCUCCAAAGACUGUCUCAGUGUCCAUGAGUGGAUCUGGUGAAAUAGUUUUGGGUGCUUCAGUGAAUCUGACCUGCAGCAGUGAUUCAAACCCACCUGUUCUGAUCUACACCUGGUUUAAGGAGAAUAUAAUUGUAGGAUCUGGAGAAAUCUACAGCAUCACAAGUAUCCGCUCUGAUCACAGUGGAGAAUACAAGUGCAAGUCCAGAAAUGAAGUUGGAGAGAAAUACUCUGCUGCUGUCACUUUAAAUGUCAUGUACUCUCCCAGGAAUGUCUCAGUGUCCAUCAGUGGAUCUGGUGAAAUAGUUUUGGGUGAUUCAGUGAAUCUGACCUGCAGCAGUGAUUCAAACCCACCUGUUCUGAACUACACCUGCUGGUUUAAAGGGUCAACAUAUAUUGGAUCUGGAGAAAUCUACAGCAUCACAAGUAUCUGCUCUGAUCACAGUGGAGAAUACAAGUGCAAGUCCAGAAAUGAAGUUGGAGAGAAAUACUCUGAUACUGUCACUUUAAAUAUCAUGUAUUCUCCCAGGAAUGUCUCAGUGUCCAUGAGUGGAUCUGGUGAAAUAGUUUUGGGUGAUUCAGUGACUCUGACCUGCAGCAGUGAUUCAAACCCACCUGCUAACAUCAGCUGGUUUAAAGGGUCAACAUAUAUUGGAUCUGGAGAAAUCUACAGCAUCACAAGUAUCCGCUCUGAUCACAGUGGAGAAUACAAGUGCAAGUCCAGAAAUGAAGUUGGAGAGAAAUACUCUGAUACUGUCACUUUAAAUGUCAUGUAUUCACCCAGGAAUGUCUCAGUGUCCAUGAGUGGAUCUGGUGAAAUAGUUUUGGGUGAUUCAGUGACUCUGACCUGCAGCAGUGAUUCAAACCCACCUGUUCUGAACUACACCUGGUUUAAGGUGAAUGAAAGUUCAUCUGUUGGAUCGGGACAGAGUUACAGUGCACUACAGAGUGGAUUCUUCUACUGUGUGGCUCAGAAUCAACAUGGAUCUCAGAGAUCAGCUGCUGUAUCAGUGACAGUCCAUUAUAGACCUGGUUGGCAUGUAGUGUUGGGGAUCAUGAUGGGAUGUGGAGGAUUAUUCUUCAUCAUCAUCAUCAUCAUGAAAAAGCGUGCAGGUGUUAAAAAUGAAAACCUCUCAGGAAAUCAGAGAGUUUCAGUCCAUGAUGCUCCUCUUUCUGAAAGUGAAACAUCGGAUCAAAAUGAUGCUCAGUACGACAGUAUUAAACCCAAGAGACUCAGAGGAAAUCUGACCGCUGGAAAAGCUCCUGAAUACACUGCAGAGAUUGAGUAUGCAACUGUCCAACAUCACAAACACAAAGAGAAGAAAAGAACAGAAGAACAUGAAACCCAGAAUGACAGGAGAUCAGAUAUGCAGACUGUUGAAGAGGACUCGGUGAUCUACAGCAGUGUUAAAUGA